GACUCCGCACCCCAAGCCGAAGUCAUGUCGAUCGGCUCUCCAAUCAAUCUUAUUCUUGUCUCGAUAUUCGUCGUGCUGGUUUACUGGCACUUCCGCCCCAAGCAAACGAUCGAGCUCCCGCGCGGGCCGCCCCCAACCGUCUUCCGCGUCUACACCCCCAAAACACUGAUCGAGUUCAACGGCGAGAACGAUCGGCCUGUGUAUCUGGCUGUGCGCGGUCGUAUCUUCGAUGUGACUCCUGGCAGAAACUUCUACGGACCGGGUGGUCCCUACGAGAACUUCGCAGGUCGGGAUGCAUCCCGCGGCCUGGCUCACCAGAGCUUUGACGAAGAAAUGUUGACCAAGGACCUUUCGGCUCCAUUGGAUGAGCUCAAGGACCUGGAUGCGGAUCAGCUGGAGAACCUCCAGUCGUGGGAGGAACGGUUCACGGAGAAGUAUCUGGUUGUUGGUAAGCUGGUUGCUGAAGGUGACCCCGAGGCACCCAAAUCUUGA